AAUGGCGUCGCUAGAAUCACGUACAAUCGACCGAAAAAGAAUAACGCCUUUGAUGCUGCAGUCUCGAAUGCUCUCGUGACUGUUCUUGCGACGCUGAACGAGGAUCGACGCACGCUCGCGAUCGUCAUCACAGGACGUGGCACCUACUUCUGCACGGCCGCGAAGUUCGACGAGAUGCUCCACCCAACGCAUCCAAUGGAACUUCACGCAGACCUGACAAUGGGAACCUUGACCUUGUUCGACUCGUUCAUCACAUUCAGCAAACCAAUCGUAGCAGCCGCGAACGGCCCGGCGUUUGGCGGCGGCGUGACCCAGGCCACUCUCUGCGACAACGUGGUCUCCUCGCGACACGCUACCUACUCGCUACCGUUUUCUCACUGGCGGGUUUCCCCUGAAGGUUGUUCAUCUGCGCACACGGCCCGCGUCGUUGGUGCUGGCAAAGCGCGGAGGAUGCUCGCGGGCGGAUGGAUCCCCAACGCAGAUGAAGCGAAACUCAUUGGCCUGGUUGCUCAAGUUUCGGACGCUUCGAUUCUUCUCGAAUUGGCGGAUAAAAGGAUUCAAAACCUCAUGUCUGAACAUCGCAGCCGCGCUUUUUAG